UUUGCCUUGUUGGAAGGUGGUUUUAGGAGGAAGCCGUGUGAUUGUAGACAUCAGCUGCAGAGAAACAGAUUAGCUAAGAUAAAGACGUCCGGACACACUCACUCGAAUGGUAUUUCGCGUCCUUUCGUCGAAUGAAGAAAUGUCAGUCACUGAGGACUUUCCGGACAUGAAUGGAGUAGAUUUUUUAGGGCUGCUGUUCCAUGAUGGACAAGACGGAUCUGCUGAGCCCCUCUUUCCUGACGAGAACGGGCUCAUCGAAUCCUGGCUGUCUGAACAAGAUAUGCUCACAGGUAUGGAUACUGAAGACUUUCUGUCCAGCUUGUUAGAGGAAGAGGACAACAUGGGGGCUAUCUGUCCCUCUCAUUCUCCUUUGGGCAGUGACAGUGGCAUUUCUGAUGACAGCAGCACUGGGGUUGGAAACAGCAAUCUUCAGGGAUGCCAGAGUCCCCGUGGCAGUGAAAGCGAUACUUUGCCCAGCCCCAGUUAUUCUCAACCCAGCCCGGUGGAGUCGGACCCUGCCCUGGCCUCUGGAGAGUUGCACACAGAGAGCCUGGAAGCCUUGACAGUGCAUGCAGAUCACAGCUACUCUCUGCUGCAGAGUGAAGGAGACAUGGAUAUCCUGCAGAGUGUGAGGGCAGAGAAGCCAGAUACAGAUGUUUUCAUUGAUCUUGAAGACCUGGUGAGUGAGGCAAUGGAGGAAGACAUCAUCAGCGAGCUGCCUUGCACUUUGGCCAUAGAGGACUCAACACAGGAGUCAGCACAACUCGGCACAACAGACGAGUUUCAGUUUAAAGAGAUUGUGCUAAAUGAGGAGGAGAAGCGGCUUUUGGCGAAAGAGGGAGUAACCAUUCCAACACACAUGCCUCUCACAAAGGCAGAGGAGAGGACCUUGAAGCGGAUCAGGAGGAAGAUACGCAACAAACAGUCUGCUCAGGAAAGCCGCAAGAAGAAGAAGGUGUAUGUUGAUGGACUGGAAAACAGGGUUGCCGUCUGUACUGCACACAACCUGGAACUACAGAAGAAAGUCCAUAUGCUUCAGAAGCAGAACAUGUCCUUGAUAGAGCAGCUGAGAAAACUACAGUCUAUUGUGAAGAUGUCAACUAUGAAGGCCAGUGCAACCAGCACUUGUGUUAUGGUGUUCCUGCUCUCUUUCUGUCUCAUCAUCUUCCCAUCAGUCAAUCCAUUUGGAAGAAACACAGAGGAGAAGGAACUCUACACACCCUCACCGGUUGUCUCCCGGAGCUUGCGCUCACUGAAGCCAGAAAGCACGAAUUUCAUACCCUACUCCGAGACUAUAGAAGAUGAUCUUCAAGCAGGGAUCCUCACUACUGGUCUGAAGAACCAUACCCCUGACUAUGAGAGAGUGGAGCAACCUGACUCAGAGACAGGUGUCAACAGCAACUCUUCGGCUGACUUCUCCAGCCCUACUCAGGCUGCAGAGAUGAAGCCAGGCCUAGUGGGUGGAGUAGAGACCUUACAGGAAGGACCUGUUGAUGUUUCAGGGUCAAAAGAUAAGUGGAAGGACCGGAACCCCUCAUCUGUGAUAUUACAGCAGCACCGCUCAGAUGAGAUGUAGUGGGGAGAUUUUUAUCAAUAUAACCAGCAGAGGGAGCCAUAUCCCUAAUAUAGUGGGUACAAGGGACGAUUAUACUUGCAAAUGGAUGAAGGGAAAGUACCAUAAUUAAUAAUACAGGAUCAGUCUGCCUGUCGCUGUCCGUAGUUUUCCCCUCUGGCACUCUUCUGAUGUACUACUGUUACUUUAUUUGCACUUUGUUUUGAUGUCCUUGUUCCAGUAUGCAUAAGGAACUGGAGAGCCUUCCAUAUUAACAGUGUCUCUGUCACUUUUGGCUGUUCCUGUUAGGGGUCGCCACAGCGAAACGUCACACUGACGAUUCACAUGUUGAAAUUUGGCAUGUGUUUUACGCCGGCUGCCCUUCCUGAGGCAACCCUGAGUCGAACACGGGCAUAUUAACACAGUGUGAACUUUGUUAAAAAUAAAACCAUACAGUAUACAUGCUUAUGUUGCUGAAAACCCCAGUCUACUAGGCUAGCGCUGAAAGCUCCCACAUCGUACAAAAUGGUGCUGAUGACCAAAACGUAAAUUUGACUACACUACCGCAGGACGAUUGUUAAUUAGUAGAAUAGUAGAUUAGUACUACUACUUCAAGAGAAGUAUUACUUGGUGGCAUUAUUAUUUAUCACCAAAUUCUAGGGAGAGCGUUGUUUGACUCUAGGAUGUCUGAUCACCUCCAGCAGAUCUAGAUGUUAACACAUCCUGCUUAAUGACUCCUCCAUAGUAAAUGAUUGUGAAAAUAACAGUUUGCACUAUAAACUAGUCAACUGCAUCAUCACAUAUUAGAAGCUAGGCUGCUUAAUUCUCAUAAAACCUGAUCAAAGUGGUUGCUUGACUAUAAUAAUGCUAAAGCCAUUGCAGGACAUUUGGCCAUUUAGAAGACUUGUAAAGUAUUUCCCUUGUAACAAGGGUGUCCAUGCUUCGUGAAAUUUUGGAAUGCUUUGUUUUUUAUGUUGUACAGUAAAGCAGGAAAAAAAUAUCUGCAAAGUAUAUAACGAGACAUUGAACCCUUUGUCAUUGUUAACCAACCCCAAUCUUUCCCUGCAAGAUCCUCUUUUACAACUUCUUGGGACCAUUCUUACCUUUAUAGACAUGUCUGGAAUACCUUAUUACCUGUGGGCACAGAGUACGGGGUUUGAUAUAUUGCCUCAAUAAACCGUGUUGCAGUAAGAUACUCAAAAAUGUAAUGACCUGUUGUAUCAGUGAGGCAUUUUUGUAACUGUGUAUUUAUGUUAGUCAGUAAUAAAUGGAAUCAAAAUUGUAUUGAAGCUACUUUUUAUAAUCGAGAAGAGUCAAGGAGAUUUUAAAUGUUGAUCAUGUUGAACAAAUGCACUGUCAUCUGACAUAGUCAAAGUAUGGAAUGUGUGUAUAUGCUUUAAGGAUUGUAGGUCUUCUGUCCAUUUGAACUCUGUGUAUCAGUCCAGUAUGGACAUCCAUAAUAAUAAACUUUUUAUACAGAA